AUGAAGUUUGACGAAUGCGGCACCGAUGUGGCCACGGUGGUGGACGGUCUCUACCUCAUCAUCAUGGCCAUCAUGGUCUACAACAUGCAGCUCGGUUUUGCCCUUCUCGAAGCUGGUACCGUCUCCAUCAAUGCCACCAUGGCCACCCUCUUCAAGAAUGUGUUUGACAUGUUCAUCGGCACCGUCUCUUUCCUCGUCUUUGGCUACGCCUUUGCCUUUGGACACGGCAACAAAUUCAUUGGCAACGAAGGCUUUGUCCUCGAUUCCGUUUCCCAAUGCGACUACCCCUUCUUCUUUUUCCAAGCUGCCUUCGCUGCCGCUUGCACCACCAUUAUCUCCGGCUCUGUAGCUGGCCGUGCCUCUUCCACAAUGUACAUCGUCUACUCUAUGGGAGUGACGGGCCUUGUCUACCCCGUCGUUGUCCAUUGGGUCUGGUCUAGCAACGCCUGGCUGACUGAGGGUAGCAACGGCCACGGCUUUGUCGAUUUUGCUGGUAGCGGCGUUGUUCACACGACCGGAGGCAUCAUUGCCCUCGUUGGCGCGUGGCUCCUCAAGCCCCGCCUCAGUCGCCUGGACCUCGAUGGCGACUUUCGCCCCGUUCGACCGCACUCGGUUCCCCUCAUAAUCAUGGGUGGCCUCAUCCUCGUCGUGGGCUUCUUGGCCUUCAACGCCGGCUCCCUCAUUUCUCUUCAGUCGGCUGACGCCGUGUCUCGCAUCGGCGUGAUUGCUAUCAAUACCAUUGUCGCCGCCUCCGCGGGUGGCCUCAUGGGUACCUUCAUCGAUUACAUCGCCCAUGGCGAGAUGUCCCUCCUUCAAGCCACGAAUGGCAUGCUGGCCGGGAGCGUCGCCAUCUGUGCCAGCGCUCACGUCGUCCUCCCCUGGGCCGCUCUCCUUAUCGGUGGCAUCGCUGGCAUUGUUUGCUUGGGUUGGUCAUACGUUCUUCCCAAGCUUGGAAUCGAUGACGCCGUCUCUGCCUUCCCCGUCCACGCCGGUGCGGGCCUGUGGGGCCUCUUUGCUGUGGCCUUUUUCAGCACAGAGACUGGCCUGUUUUACGUCGAGGCCGAUGCCGGCUUCAAAGGGUUGGGCUGGCAGUUGCUGGGCUCUCUGGUGAUUGUUGCCUGGUCCAGUGUCAUGGCGCUGAUCAUGUUCUAUCCUCUCAAGCUAAUGGGCAAGCUGCGCGUGACCCAAGAAUAUGAAGAGCGUGGUCUUGAUCUAUCCUACUAUGGCGGCAAAGCCUACAACGUCGAAUCCGCCAACCCCAAGGUCAGCGUCGACCUCAAGCUCGACCAUCAACGCGCACACCUUUACACCGACGAUUCUGCGCCCAAGGCUGGCCUGCAAGUCUCUCACCGCUCUUCUGAGAGCCGGGUGAUUUGA